UUGAUUUUUCACUCCUUGCUCUGUUUCCUUUUUCCUGCACACUCGUUUUUCUCAGGAGUGACCAUUUUGAAAAGAAAAAUGUAAUCUUUCAGCUGUGAUCGUGUUUCAUGGUCUUUUUCUCAUACACAAKUCUAUUGCUAACUUUGCUUCUCAAAGGUCAUCAGAGCAUCCCUCAUUGAAAGCUUUUAAAAGCAAUAACCCUGAGCUCAUUUUUUUUUUUAAAUUAUUGUAAGUUUCCAUGCUAACUCAGUCACAAGUAAGAAUUCUUGUGGUCAUUUCCAUUCUUAGUUGUGUUCACUUUUCGAUUGUUGMCACUGUGAUGAUAAGCGAGAGGGAUUAGACAACUGCAUGAAUGAUAACUCCAUAAAAGACUAAUAGUUGGGACAUUUUUGUUCUUGUAUCCCAGAUGCAACACAGAGUGCUUGCRAGCUGAGGGGAAUGCCAGCCCUAUGUUCCCCAGAUAAUUUCUCCAAUUUACUGCUGGAGGCAGACAGCUGGGUUAGAUGGACUAAUGCUGGAGUGGCCCAGGGCAUUUCGUACAUUGUUCUGAGAGUACUCAAGAGUGCCACGGUGCUUUCUUGUAUUUUGGAAUCCUCAGUUUUACUGUUCUCUGAAAACUACUUCAGUGGUUUUGACUCUCAUUUUGGGUAACAGUUCACUGGCAUUGAUACAGGGUGAUAAAACACAGAACCACCGCAGGAUGUCUGUAAUUCCGCAAGGGACAGCAACACUUCGGAAAGCAAAGAAAACCACUGUAAAAACAUGUCUAGAUAACCCCUUUGUUUUCCAAUGGAAAACCAUAGAUGGAGAAGAUAUGCAUUUUAUACUGGAGACCUUAGAAGAAAGGAUUAAACAUAUUGGACUUAAAAARAUUGAGAGUCCAAGAAAGAAAAAACGUUCCCUUACAAAAAAACAAAUGGAAAAAAAGGGUGACGUUGGCACCAAUGAAGUCYCUAAAGAAGGGGAAACAGAAAACAAUCAACAAAAAGCAGGAUGGACUGACAUWAGUAUCAGAAGACAGCUUGCUAUUGGAGUUAAUGAAGUUACCAAAGCAUUGGAAAAAAAUGAACUUCUUCUCUUGCUGGUGUGCAAGUCUGCCAAACCUGCCAUGAUCACGUCGCACCUGAUMGAGCUGAGCGCCAGCCGCGCCACGCCGGCAGGGCAGGUGCCACGGCUCAGCGAGACGGUCGCGCCCCUUCUGGGCUUAACAUCCAUCUUGGCACUUGGCUUCAAAAAGCAGUCCGACCAAUUCACUGAAGCAAUAGAAGCGAUMAUUCCAAAGAUACCAGCUUUGGAUGUGCCGUGGUUUCAGUAUGGAACUGAAGAAUCCAUGGCUUACGCAGAUACAGAUUCUUCAGAAAAUCUGGAACCCGAAGAGCUUGCAGAGGUGCUGGAGGAUGAGCUCACAARUCAGAAGCGGAAGCAUAUGGAAAGCAAUCAGCCUGAUCUUUCAAAUGUAAUUUUGCAGCCUUUGAAAAUCAAGAAACUUGUCCCAAAUCCCAAUAAGAUAAAGAAACCACCUCGCAAAAAGAAAAAGGCUUUUUCAGCAUAACUGAGUUUAGUUCUUUCUAGUAAACUGAUUUUUUAAAUGCUGAAUGGAAUACAGUUUUAACUGAGCAAAUCUUAAAGGCUUUACAGUGUAAAGUUCUUGAAUACAAGGUGAACUUUAUGUUGCAUUUGGUUGA